CAGCUUUGUCCGCGGACUGCGGUCGUUGUUCAAAACAGAAGAGCUUGUUAGUGUAACGGCGUCACAGCGCUAAACAUUAGCUGAAGAUAUCUUGCCAAAAGAGGUUAAAACGGAUCGAAAAGGAUCUAGACAUUGUCAACAAUGGCAGAAGGAGGAGAUGUGGAUUGGGAGCUCAGCAAGGAAAACAUUCAGCCGCUGAGGCGUGGCAGAGAUAUAUCGUUGUUACAUCAAGCCCUUAGCCAACGAGAAGAAGGACCCACUUCUGCAAUCAACCAGCAGAAACAAAUCUUUGAGUCUGAACUUCGAAUGUAUGAAGGAGAGGAUCCACUAAGUGUAUGGGAUAGGUAUAUUAAGUGGACAGAACAAACCUUUCCUCAGGGGGGCAAAGAAAGCAACCUUGCAACAUUGUUGGAGCGGGCUGUGACCAGAUUUACAGAUGAAAAGAUGUAUCACAAUGACCCUCGCUAUGUUGAUCUCUGGAUCAAAUUUGCAGAGACCUGCUCAGAGCCCCUCGAUAUCUACAGGUAUAUGCAAGCCCAAGGAAUUGGAGUGACACAGGCGGCGCUCUACAUCGCUUGGUCCGAGGAGUACGAGAAUCAGGGAAGUUAUCGAAAAGCAGAUCUUGUCUAUCAAGAGGCAUUCAAGAGGUUUGCUGAGCCACAUGACAAGCUUCUUCAGUUUCACAAGGCCCUGCAGGCUCGUGUGUCCCGGCAGGCGUUAUUAAAAUUGGAAAAUGACAGCAGUGACGAGGAGCCAAAACAACCUGAAAGAGUUUCACUAGCCGACCUCAAACAUAGAGGGAAGAAGAAGGCCAUUGCUCCUGUCAACAGGACUGGGUCAGCAAUAAGAAGUAUUAGCGGAGGCCUGCCUUCAUGUGGUGCCCCGGUCCUUGGCAACGUCUCAAACAGUAAGAUGGAGAUUUUCGAUGAGAACAAAGCUGAAAAUCCGGGUCCAUCAGAACCUUUGCUGGAAUCCUGGAUGGCUCCUCCCACAUCAAGGGCAAAAGAAAACAUGCAGAAGCCAGAGAAAUGGUGUGAUGUAAAGAUGCCCCAGAAAACAAAAUUUGGACAUGCAGUCAUGCCUCCACCAGCUCCGAAACCCACCUUCCAACCGUUUGUUGAGGAGUCUGACCAGCCUCCAACAAUGACGCCGUGUAAGAUAAACCCAACGGUGAACUCUGUUCUUUCAGCGCGGAAGCCGAGUAAAGAAGAAACUCCCCUGAAAAGACUGCAAGAGUAUCAGCAGCAGCAUAAGGAGGCAGAAGCAGGAAAACUGCAGGAGCGGAGCAUGUACUGUAAAGAGCUGCUGCUCAGCGGAGUCACCGAAUUCUGCUUCGAGGAACUGCGAGCUGAACACUUCUUCAAAAAGAUGGCGCAAAAGUCCCAGGAAGCCAGAGGAGAUGGUUGUCAAGCUGUUUCCGAUCCUGCAAAGUGACACUUGCACCUUAAAAAAAUUGCCAAAAUUUUGGCAGAAUUUCACUAUCAUGUUGUAGUUGCUCAUGUAUAGUUUGUUUUCCUGUUGGUAAUAUUGUUUUUGUAUUAAAGAGGCUUUUUAAAAUA